CCAUUCUACCAGUAGGGCUCUGAGUCAUCGCGAACUUCUCAACUCUAGGCUUGUUUGCUUGGUCAAGCGAGCUGGGUUCCAAGACUCUUCUAAUCACCCCACUACCGAUAACUCCUGUUCCGAAGGGAAAACAACUUCGAUUCCGCCAAUUGGGCUCCUCUGCCAGCAUGACUUUAACUACGAGUAAGGCAUCAUUUAGCUUGAUCCGCACGCUAAAGCCAAAGCCAACAAUCUUCAAUUCCAAAUUCUCUAUGGCUACCACAACCCGUCCUUUCUCCUCCUACAUCAUCGAGCCGGAUGAGCUUGCAAAGGCCUUAGAAGCCAACCCACCGCUUCCUAGCCCCGGCACUUCGCGCGUGAUGCCCAUUUCAGCAGAAUGGUACCUGCCCAACGACACCCGCAAGGGCGUUGAGGAAUUCGGAAAACUGCGCAUUCCAACAGCCCGAUUCUUCGACCUGGAUGCUAUCAAAGAUCACCACUCGCCCUACCCACACAUGUUGCCGACUGGAGAGACAUUCGCCGAGGCAAUGUCGCAGAUGGGCGUUGAAAGGGAGGACACGGUCGUGCUAUAUGACUCGCCACAAACUGGGAUAUUCAGCGCACCCAGGGCUGCCUGGACAUUCCGGGUGUUUGGUCAUCCAAGGGUUCACCUUUUGAAUAAUUUCAAAGUAUGGGUUGAGCAGGGGUUUCCCGUGGAGAAGGGCCCGGUUGGGCAGGCUGUUAAGACACAGUACCCCGUCACCGAGCCAGACUUGAGUCUUGUUUCUCCCUUCGAGGAGAUACGAGAAAUUGCGGAGGAAGGCGGGAGAGAAGGCGUUCAGAUUUUGGACGCCAGGCCGCAGGGGAGGUUUUUAGGCAGCGAUCCAGAGCCUAGGCCAGGGCUUCCCUCGGGCCACGUUCCUGGAUCGAUCUCCGUGCCAUUUAGCGAACUUGUCGACCCCGUCACUAAAAAAUUGAGAUCUGGGAAGGAACUUGGUAAAGUUUUGCUGAGCAAAGGAGUCGAUCCCUCCGAUGAGGUGGAGAAAAAACUCAUGUGCGGCACCGGUGUCACAGCCGCGGUCAUCGAGUCUGCUCUCCAGUUAGCCGGCUUUGGGGGGAAGAGGAAAAUCUACGAUGGGUCAUGGACUGAGUGGGCUCAGAGGGUUGACGAGAAGUCGGGAUUGAUCUCAAAGAAGUGAAAUUUGAGGGUUUCAUUCGAUACCUAUGGUGCUCCUUGGUGCCGGCAUUACGCUCUAAUAUUUUACUCUUUGGGUGCCGAAAAGAGAAUAAAGUCCCAAUACGGAUGACGGCAUUUAAUAGAAUGUCCGAUGUGAUACGAUACCGGUAACGAAUGGGUUUAGUUUCUGUCGGGAAUCAUGAUACUGGGUUCUGUCAUGAAUAUCGGCAAUAGAAAUUUGAAUCCCAUCCCAGU